AUGAGCAGCAGCGCCCAGGCGUCUGCUUCCCUGCAGUCCACCGACGCGCAGCGAAGCUGCGCCUUCUUGGACGGCUUGGACAUCAAGGGCAGCGUGUGCCCGCAGCAGUGGCAGGGCCAGUACGCCGGGACUGCCUCGUGCAAGUCGUGCUGGGAGGGAGAGGACUGCGGGUGGACUUGCGACCUGACGGACGGCACCAAGGCCAGCGUCGACCUGCAGGCGUACGUCCACGCGUCUCACGGAGAGGGCUACUGCGCUCGGAACCCGUCCAACGACCCGUGCCUCGGCUGGCAGGUGUUCGGCGAUGGCUGCACCGAUUGUGCAGCCAGUGGCAUGAGCAGCAGCGCCCAGGCGUCUGCUUCCCUGCAGUCCACCGACGCGCAGCGAAGCUGCGCCUUCUUGGACGGCUUGGACAUCAAGGGCAGCGUGUGCCCGCAGCAGUGGCAGGGCCAGUACGCCGGGACUGCCUCGUGCAAGUCGUGCUGGGAGGGAGAGGACUGCGGGUGGACUUGCGACCUGACAGACGGCACCAAGGCCAGCGUCGACCUGCAGGCGUACGUCCACGCGUCUCACGGAGAGGGCUACUGCGCUCGGAACCCGUCCAACGACCCGUGCCUCGGCUGGCAGGUGUUCGGCGAUGGCUGCACCGAUUGUUAG